AUGGGUAGUAUCAUAUCAUCUUAUUGUUUAUCUUCAUCAAAUGAUAAUUUAAUAUCAUCAAGUUUAAUAUCAUCUCAACUUGUUCAUCGUCAUACACUUUCUACAUGUUAUGAUGCAAUAUUUGAUAUAUCAUUAUCUUCAAAAUUAAAUUCUAUACUUAUAAGUGAUGAUGGUAAACUUAGAUUAUUUAAUAUUGAUCUAGAAAAUGGUUGUCAAUUAAUUGAAAAAACAAUAUUAUCAACAAAAUUAUUAACACAUGAACAAGUACAAGAUAUUCAAUGGAGUACCAAACUUGAUCGUUUUCUUAUUCUUACAUCAAAACGUUUAACAACAUUUGAUAAUGAAAAUAAUUUAAUUGAUCUUAAUCUUGUACUUGAAAAAGGUAGUCCUCCAUUUUGGCGUAUGGCUUGUUGGUCAUCUCAUCUUAUUUUAAAUCUUGGUUUAGGUACAUCUAUUCGUUAUUAUAGAUUAGUUUCAUUAACAUCACUUCCUUUAAUUACUUCAUUAACACGUUCUUCUCUUGGUUAUACUAAUUCAGAUUUACUUUCAUCACUUGCACUUAGUCCACAAUUAAUUCUUGCUAUUAAUGUUGAAUUAAAUAAUAAUCGUCAUGUACUUGAUUUAUUUUCUAUUAAUGAUACAUCAAAAUUUCAUCGUCUUAAACGUAUUGAUUCAAAUGAACCAUGUUCACUUGAUAUAAUAACAUCAUUACGUAAUUGUACAUGGUUAUGUAAAUCACAUUGGCCAUCAGAUGAUUGUUUAUGUAUAAUUGAAUCAAAUGGUCAAGUUAAUAAAGUUAAAUUACAAGAAGAAAAUGGUUAUAUUCUUAAUUUAAGAUUAUUAGCUGAUCGAUCACAUUUAAUUAUUAUACGAACACCAAAUAAAUUACCAAAAGAAAUUGAUGUUACAGAAUUGAAUAGAAUUGAACAAGCUGAAGAACAAUCAAUACAUAGACCAAGAGAAAAAAUAAUUGGCAAAUUACCUGGAAAUCUUUUAUUAGAAAUUUAUAAAAUUCCAUCGACAUUGAAAUAA